CUUUCGCCUUGCCACUGGCCGCGCCUGUCCGCGACAGACGGAGGCUGCUGGGGCAGCCCUCCGGCGCCCCUCGGACGCCCGCGCCUGGAAAAAUCGCCAGCGGCAGUUGGGCCUCGGCGGAGGGGGGAGAAGGAAGAGGAGGAGGAUGAGGAGGAGGAGGGGGGAGGAGAUGGGUCGCAGGCCUGUCCGCGACAGACGGAGGCUGCUGGGGCAGCCCUCUGGCGAAUCUCGGACGCCCGCGCCUGGAAAAAUCGCCAGCGGCAGUUGGGCCUCGGCGGAGGGGGGAGGAGGAGGAGGAGGAGGAGGAGGAGGAAGGGGAGGAGGAGAUGGGUCGCAGGCCUGUACGCGACAGACGGGGGCGGCUGGGACUUGGCGAAGCUCGCCGUCCCCAUGUCCGCCUUCCCAGGGGCAAAAACCCUGUGAGAGCCGCAACACCCAGGGCGAGCACAGCCCGCCGGUGGUCCUUCGAGCGUCUGGGUCUAGAAAAAUCGCCAGCGGCAGCCGAGGGCGCGGCCGCCGCGGUGCCGGCGCGGCGGGCGGUGGCCCGCGGCACCGCGGUCCGAGCAAUGAUUAUCGGAGGGGCCGUCCCCAGCCUGGCAGCCGGCCGCAGAAAGACCCAGCCGGCGGCAACGCGAGCCCACCUACUGCGUGCAGACGAACCACUUCUUCGCGCGAGGGGGGCGAGGAAAGAAGAGGGGGCGGAGCGGCGGCGGGAGAGGGAGGUGCCUUCUCAGGCCCGCGAAAGUCGCCCAUCGCCUCCCUCGCGAGGGCCGCGAAUCGGGAUGACUCGUCCGCGAGCAGCUCGCAGGGCGGGCCGAACUCCACCACGCGGCCGGCGUCCAGCACCAGGAUGCGGUCGGCACCCACCACCGUCUGCAGCCUGUGUGUAAGUCGGCACCGUGCUCGUGCCGAACCUGGUGCGGAGGGCCUCCUGUACCCUCUGGUCCGUCGCCGCGUCGACUGAGGACGUCGGCUCGUCGAAGAGCACCACUCUGCUGUCCUGCUCCUCGCGUGCACGUCAAGCCGCGCCAGCGCCAGAAGCUGGCGCUCCCCCACGGACAGCGCCGAGCUCGCCUCGGCCGCGCCCCGGCCGCUGCUGCCAGCCGGCGCGGAGGUGCCCACCGCCAGGGAGCCGAGCCCCACCGCCCGCAGCGUGCACCGCAGCUCCUCGUCGGAAUGCUCGCCGAAGGGGUCCAGGUUCUCCCGGCACGUCCCUGUGCUCUGUACACAGGAGGCAAGUGUCGAUGCCAUCUGCCCCAGGCAACAAAACACGACUCAACCGAUGCCUUGAUUAGGCUGCGUGGGCCAGAAGGCACUUCAAGGCCGUACCUGUUGAGGAGCUGGGCAGGUGCCCGCUUCUCUUUCCACAGGACCUCCCGUUAAGUGCCUGACCGGUGCACGGGCCUCCUCCCACCUCCUGCCGUGGUAACGAAAGAAUAAUGCAUCUUAAACUAUUUUCGACCUCCGCCCCGCCCCGUGGACCCGCUCUGCGACCCGCUCUGCGACCCACCCGCGACCAGCCCACAACCCUCCCAUGACAGGCGGGCUCGUGAACGUAAUGUGUAAACAAUCGGCGCCGGUGGCGGGCUUCUUCAGACUUGACCUCGAACCUCGCAGACUGCCGACGACCUACCAGCCCCCGCCCCAUCACUCUGGGUAGUCGAAGCCAAUCUGGCAGGCCCA